AUGGCGCCGGAUUCUUCGAAUGUUACACAACUAUGGAUGCAUGUCCCAACCACAAGCAAUUUCUUGGAACAAAAUUAUUGGAGCUGGAAUGACGCUGAUUCAGUUGUUCAAGCUGAUCUGAACAAACCCUGGUUUUUGUGUUGUGGGGUUCCAUAUGAAGAUGUGAAUAAAAUAGGGAAGAAAAUUGGAGUGAUGUGCAGAUCAUUUCUCUUCGCCAUCCUGACACACCUUGCAGCAUCUUCCGGACCCAUUCACAAGGCACCAGCACUGAACGGCACCAACGUUGAUCGUCUAGCAUUGCUUGCUAUUAAAUCCAUGAUUAAAGGUGACCCACAAGGUCUCUUGACCUCAUGGAACCAUUCCAGCACUGAUUUUUGCCAAUGGCAAGGCGUUACAUGUAGCCCUCGCCACCAAAGAGUCACCCACUUGAACCUCUCAGAUGGAGGCUUAAUCGGUACGUUGUCUCCUUCCAUCGGAAAUCUAAGCUUUAUCAGGGUCAUUCAGCUUUUUAACAACUCAUUUUCAAGUGAAACUCCACCUGAAAUUGGGCGUCUCUUUAGACUACGACAACUACGUCUCGCUUCCAACUCUUUCACGGGAAACAUUCCAGCCACCAUAAUGAAUUGCUCCAACCUCCAAUUCCUUAAGUUGGGUGGAAAUAAUCUGGUCGGCAAGAUCCCAAAUGAAAUCGGGCGUCUUUUUAGAUUACAAACACUAGAUCUUCGUAACAACUCUUUCACGGGAAACAUUCCAUUCACCAUAACGAAUUGCUCCAACCUCCAACUCCUUGAGUUGAGUCUCAAUAAUCUGGUCGGCAAGAUCCCAGAUGGGAUUGGUUCAUUGUCCAUGCUAAGCUUCCUCUACCUUAACGAUAACAUUUUACAAGGCGGAAUACCACCUGAAAUCGGGCACCUCUUUAGAUUACAAGAACUAAUUCUUUAUAACAACUCUUUCACCGGAAACAUUCCGGCCACCAUAACAAAUUGCUCCAACCUCCAAGUCCUUGACUUAGGUAACAUUAAUCUGGUCGGCAAGAUCCCAGAUUGGAUUGGUUCAUUGUCCAUGCUAAGCUUCCUCUACCUUAACGAUAACUCUUUCACGGGAAUCGUUCCGGCCACCAUAACAAAUUUAUCCAACCUCCAAUUUCUUUGUUUGGAAUUUAAUAAUCUGGUUGGAAAUGUAUUGUCCAUCCCUCCUACAGUUCAUUGGCUCGACUUAGCUGGUGAGAUUCCAAGAACAUUGGGGUCUAUACCUUUGUUGCAAUUUUUAGCCAUAAGUCGGAACAAGAUUUCAGGAGGAUUACCUUCUUCCCUAUUGAAUUUGUCAUACUUAAAGGUCCUUGACCUUGGAAGAAAUAAUCUUGCUGGAAUCAUUCCACCAUGGCUUGGUAUAAAACUCACUAUGUUGAAAAUUCUAAAUCUUAGAUCCAACAAUUUUUAUGGAAAUACUCCUGACCAGCUCUGUUAUCUUUCACAAGUUCAAGUGUUGGAUCUCGCUCAUAAUAACCUCUCAGGAAAUAUUCCAAGAUGCUUCAACAAUUUUAGUGUGCUUUCCGGCAUAGAAACUAAUUUAGACGUUCAUGUAUCAUUCUACGUUGAUGAUUUUUUGGUUACGAUUUAUGAUUUAUUGGUGAUGAAGGGACAAGAAGCCACUUAUGGAUCUUUUCUAGGGCUAGUCAUGCUUUUGGACCUUUCGAGCAACAAGUUUUCAGGGCAGAUCCCUAGUGAGCUUACGACCCUCCACAAGUUAAAAUCAUUGAAUUUAUCAAGAAAUCAAUUGACAGGAGAGAUCCCGAAUAAGAUAGGAGACAUGAAAUCACUUGAAUCUUUGGAUUUAUCAGUAAACAAUCUUUCUGGCGAACUUCCUAUGAGUUUGUCAGAGUUGAAUUUCUUGGGUACCCUUAACGUGUCCUACAACCAUUUGAUAGGAAGAGUUCCAACAGGUACUCAGAUUCAGAGCUUUAGUGAGUCCAGCUUCUUUGGAAACAAACUUUGUGGAGCUCCACUAACUAAUUGUGUACAUGUUGACAAACCUGAUACAACAAGCGACCAAAAAAAAGACGGUGGAUCACACAAAGUAGAUUGGGGGUUGAUUAUUAGCAUAGUGCUUGGAUUUAUUACUGGGUUUUGGGUCAUUGUGGUUUCAUUAAUGCUCAAUCGAUCAUGGAGGAUAACAUAUUUCCGUCUCUUGAGGAAAUUGAUCAAGGUAAAAGGUUUAUGA